GAUGCCUUAUGCUACACUGAAAUAAGAUGAAGAUGCAUUUAAGCAAGUAUUUACAAUAUAACCUUUCAAAGCACAUUAUUUAACUGCUUGUCUCUUUCCAUUUGCAUAUAAUAAUAAUAUUGCUAUUAGAUUCUUCUUAGAGUCAUUUAUUCAUGGUGGAUAGUAUCACACUGAGUACUUAAUCCCAGAGCUUAGUGGUCUCAAUCACCCAAAGCAAUAUGAUGUUAAACAUCACGUAGAGCAACGAGAGAGAGAGAGAAGAGGUGGUGCUCUGAAAGGUUGGGUGGAAGCCUAAUAUCUAUAUGCAGCAUCUCUACACAGUGCCUAUAUUCAAACUGGGAGGAGCUUUAUAGAAGCUGGCAAAUCAAUGCUAGCCUCUACAGGUGUUCAACAUGAGCUCAUCCUGAGCAACAACAUGGGACAAAGCAGGAAGGUCUUUAUUUGAAAAUGCAUUAGUAGAAUUCAAUUGCAUCGGCUGGCUCAUGUUGUAGGAGCUAUCCUUUGUGGAACAAAAGGUAAGUAGGACUGGAUCGAUGCGUGAAUGGGCUUGCAAUUGAACACUAACAGUUUUGUGCAUGAUAGAGAAGACUCUCUUUGAAAAGAUGUGGAAAACUAGCAUAAACAGAUGAACCAAAAAAAAUGUCUUGCAGCAACUUUCUGAAUGGAAAUGAAUGAUUGAUUUGUUGAGGCCAGAGAAAAGGAUGUCAGCGAUAAAGAAGAUGAGGAAAACCCGUGCAAGAGUCCCAGCCACGUCAAUAAAUCACAGAUUUACUUCUCCCUACCUUGAUUUACAUCUCCACAGCAGUUUAGAUCAAUCUGAGCUUGAACCUCACAUUCCUGGCAGUGAGGUUUUACCCCCUUCUUUGCACAGCUGGCUGUAAAAUAACUCAGUAAAAAAGUGAUUGUUUUCAGUCAGAUUUGUCUAGCGCACGGUUAUUACCAAGACUUUAAAUGGAGACAGCUUAAGUUUGAAAGGAGACAGUAGUAUGAGGCUGUCAGAGAAGGAAAGGGAGGAGAGACUUGAGAUCAGAGCUCAUCAGUGCUCUUGCAGAUGAGGGAAAGAAGCACAAGGGGAACCUACUGAUGUGCCAAGCUGAAACAGCAUUUGGGGAAGCAGCAACAGCAAGAAUAAUUGCAAAAGCUAAGAUAGGUGGAUAAUUAGCUGUGCUAAAAGUGACUGACAACCAAAGAAGAGAUCAGUUGAAGAUCUGUUGAGAAACUUUCAGAUGACAAGAGGAAGCAAAACUAUUUUUGAAGUGGAUUUACGGUAGAACCAGACAAGAGAUGUGGUAGGAAGACUCUUAAAAGUGAGGUGAGGAGAAGCACUUCUACUGAAGGAUUUUUAAUUUUUACUUUUUAUGUAAAAGAGACAAGUGUGUCUGAGUGGGUGCUGGGCGGUCAGAGCAGAGCAAAUGACUGAAGAUGUGACUAAAUGAAAGAGCGAAUGUGAGGGUAAUCAGGAAAAUAAAUAGGAUGAGGUCAAUAGGGCAAGUGAUGGAGUUACAGAGGAAAUUUAGGUAAGAUGUUUGUUAUCACUUAGAGAUUUGUAGAAAGGGGAAGCGUCAUGAGAAUAUUUUGUUAAUUUUAUCUUUAAAGAAAAUUGUGAGAUAGCAAAUAGAGGAAAGCAGAAAGAAAGGCUUGAAAUGGGUUAGUCAGCAGCAAUAAAAAGCUAGCUAGGAUUACAUGUGUGCAGAUAAGCUGCACAAGUAGAAUUGUUUAGCUGUAAGAAGGCAGAAAUGGAGGAGGGAGCAGGCUUGCAGGAGAGGAAGUUAGCUUGAUCACAGGAUUUCCGUCAGAAACACUUUGCACUGCACAAGCAAGCAUGGAUGAAGCAGGUGCUGAAGUACAAAAGAGGCAUUUGAGUUCUGACUUAGAAGCGAAGAUGCAGAUGUUAAUGCCUGAACCUCAGAUUUUUGUGGAAAGAACUCUGGCCCUCAUCAAACCAGAUGUCGUUGAUAAAGAGGAGGAAAUAGAGGAUGUCAUUCUCAGAUCAGGAUUUUUGAUCGUUCAGAAACGGAAGCUCCAGUUAAGCCCAGAGCAAUGUAGCAACUUUUAUGCAGAACAAUAUGGAAAAAUGUUUUUUCCCAAUUUAACAGCCUAUAUGAGCUCUGGACCUCUAGUUGCUAUGGUUCUUGCCAGACGUAACGCAGUCUCGUACUGGAAGGAAUUGCUCGGACCAUCAAACAGCAUAAAAGCUAGGAGGACUCACCCUCACAGUUUAAGAGCAAUCUAUGGGACUGAUGAGCUGAGGAAUGCGCUUCAUGGCAGCCUCAACAUUUUUUCAGCAGAAAGAGAAAUUCGAUUCAUGUUUCCAGAAGUGAUCUUGGAGCCAAUUCCAGCUGGGCAGAGAGCUAGGGAUUACUUGAACCUUUAUGUAAAUCCUACCUUACUAGCAGGGCUCACUGCACUUUGUAAAGAGAAGCCUGCAGAUCCUAUGACUUGGCUUGCUGACUGGUUGAUUGAACACAACCCUAAUAAACCCAAACUACGACAUCAAAUCACUGAAGAAGAGCAUCGGGAGUGAAAAACAUCACUCACUGGAAACCACCUCAAGCAUUCAAAUUACAGAUCUAUAUUAUCAUUGGCACUGUAUCCCUUCGGUGUUCAAUUAAUGUAAUCUGAAGUAAAUAUUGUCUUAACUACCCAUGUCUUUGUGGGAUAAACCUUCCAGUUAACCACGAUUUAAGUUAGAGUAGCUUUUCUGUUGACUUGGAGAAUGCAGAAUUACAUGAUAAAUUUACUGUGUCAAGUGAUUAGAAAAAGAUGAAAUGAUCUUGUGGUGUUACUUAUACUGCUGCUUUCCCCAGUCACCUUGUUUUGUCUGUUUGGGGAAAACAAAAUUAUUUAGACCACUGCAGAUUCCUCAAUGCCAUACAGCUGGCCCAUCCUUUGCAAAACUGUAAUUUGUCUCCAGCACUUGUCAAGAGGUGCAAAUCCCAUUAUGAAGGAGAGGUACCUGAAUGUAACUUAGAAAACAGGUACUGGUGGUAUCGUAUUAGCAACUUGAGAAUUUUUAUUGUUGGUUACAUCACCGAGCUAUGGUCACUCUUACAGAUGAUUCACUCAAGGCUGAUGUAUUUUGUCAGAAUAUUAUUUGAAGGCCUUAAUUAAAGCUACAUUGAAUGUACAUUUCCUAUCUCGACAGAAAAAAAACACAGUGGUUAUAAAUCAGUCUCAGAUUUCCAUUAGAAGUCACAAGAAGGUUUACUUUAGUCAAGGACUAAUGAUAUCUUCCAACACUUGUUUAAAGAAAGGUGUUUAAUUGCAGCAGCUCACCUUAAGGGUGUUUUCUGUGUUCUACUGCACUUAAAAGGUCUGCCGCUUUCUGCUGUUUUCCUUGUAGUGUUGGUUACACUUGGACUUUAAUGUGUUCUGUUGGAGAAUUUCAAGCGAAUGCAUUAGGGGCUGUGUUGUUCAACAGACAAUGUGUUAAUCAUGCACUAUUAUCUAUUAUUAAUGUAAUUGGACUUUUUUUGUGGGGGCUGGGACAUGGUUGGGGUCCUUUUUUGAUUUCUUAUGUGUUGCAUUUGCCCUGUUAACUUCAAGGUUUGCAUCCUAUGGCUUUCCUGCCUUGCAUGGAGAAAACAAUGUUGUUCUGCCAGCUCUGAAAUAUUAGCAUUCUUGACUAAUACUAAAUAAAUAAACAACUUCAUAGUUUAUUUUAUGACAAGCCUUGCUUGAUUAAUUACCAGAAACAUUAAACUUUUUUUUUAAAGCUAAUUGUUUGUUUAUCUUUUCAGUGGAGUAAGUGACUGUUGCCACCCCAAAGAAUAAACAUACCGAAAAGCAGUCCCUACAAUAGUGAGAUCUACAAGUCUUGAGACUUAAGAGUUUGUUUUUUUUUUUUUUAAAAAAAAAAGAAAGCCCAAAACCUCAUCUAUGAAGAAAAAAAAAAAAAA